GAUAAACACAGGUUACUGUUUUGGGAUGAUAUUCAAUGUUAAGGAAUAAAGACCAGGAUGCGAAACUGAGACACGACAUCAUCUCCUUCGCUCUUAUCCGCGCGAUGCGCGUGCAUGUACACAACCGCGCGAACCUCAAGGAAGCUAACAGACUGAAGGAGUCUUUCGAUUGGCUGAGGAGUUUCCCCCCCCAAGUUAUCUACAAAUAUUGUGUUUAAGAUAAUGAAACAAUAUUAAACACGCGACACCGUCGUGUUUCAGUAAAUCAACCUGAAUUGCAUUCGACGGAUUUACCUCAGACCGUUGAAGAAAAUGAUUCGCGCGGUUUUGUGCUGUUUAUGUUGUUUUCUUCCGGAUGGAGUGUUUGGCGUUGAGACGGAUGAGAUAGAAGUGCCAGUGAUGGCGGGAGAUUCCUUCACUCUCCGCACCGGUCUGACUGAGAUUCAGAGCGACGAUGAGAUCGAGUGGCGGUUUGGAUCGAGCAGAACUCGUAUAACCCGAAUAACGGCGGGAAACGUUACUAGAUAUGAAGACGAGAAAUUUAGAGGCAGAUUGAAGCUCGAAAGACAAACUGGAGAUCUCACCAUCACAAACGUCAGUAGCGAACACAAUGGAGUUUAUCAGCUGAGCAUCAUUAUCAAGAAUAAGAAAACAAUCAAUCGAUUCGCUGUUACCGUUUAUGCUACUUUGCCCACUCCUGUGAUCUUCAGUGACCCUUCACAAUGUUCUGAAAGAUCAAGGAUCGUCCUGUGUUCAGUGUUGAAUGUGAGUCACGUGACUCUCUCCUGGUACAAAGAAAACGGUUUAUUGAUCAACAUCAGCGUGUCUGAUCUCAGCAUCAGUCUCUCUCUACCUCUGGAGGUGGAGCAUCAGGAUAAAAACACCUACAGAUGUGUGAUCAACAAUCCCAUCAGCAACCAGACCAAACAUCUGGACAUCAGUGGACUCUGUCAGACACCUUCAGACUGCGACCUUUGUUUUGACACCACUGAAGCUGUGAUCCGAUUGGUCGUCAGUGCUCUGAUGGGCGUGGCUGCAGUAGCUGCUGCUGUUCUUCUGAUUAAUGACAUCAGAAGAGCUGGAAGAACAUAUAAAAUCAAACAGCGAUACAGCGAUGUACCUGAUACUGUAAAGCAAUAAUAAACAGUACCUGACCUUUUUAGUUUUUUUCCCUCUUUGUUUUAAACCAAAUUAUUUUUCACACUUUUCUUCUCAAAAAUGGGAAGAAACUUGUUAUAUUCUGAUGCCUUUUAGGUUAGAGUUAAGUGACAUAUUUGGAACUAAUCAGCUACUCAUAAUAAUAAAUAAGCAAAUGGAACAUCUGUUAAUAUCCUGAAACAUUGUCUGAAAAUAGUUUUUUUGCAGUUCAUUUUAGUCUUACUAAUGGAAAUUACUCUUUGCAUUUUUAAGACCAAAAAAAGGCAUUCAGGCCUUAAGAACCCUUGGGAUAGAUUAGUGACUGGAAAAGAUAAGAGAUGCAAGUAAAUGAAAUCAACAUAUGUAUUUAUUUUUUUAUUCUCAUUUAUAUAUAUCAUGAUCAAUUACAACAGCUGGAUGAAUAUUUUCAAUAUUAAUCAGUGUUUUUUCACUCUAUUGCAGAAAUGAUCAUGGUCCAUAUCCUAAAGCUCUAACUUGUACUCGGCCUUAAAAUAACAUAGUUCUUGUAGUUGUUAACUAUAGCAUUUGUUACAGUAAGGAUAUAAUUACAGGUAAGACCAUUUUUUCUUUCUUUCUUUUUAUAGCAUUUGUUAUGAAAAAUAGCAACACAGUACACAGAAACUAUAGCUACAACAUGCCACAGCUGUAAUAUAAAUCUUUAGUAAAAAAUCUAUUCUCUUAUCAGAUUAUCUAUAAUAAAUUCUACAACUAGUCAAAAUUUGCCACAAUAAAUACAACAGAACAUGAUAAAUUCUAGUAAAUGUGGUCUUCGUGAGUUUAAAAAGCUUGCAGGAUGAUGCAAAAAAGUAAAAGAAAGCAACAUACGUAUUUAUUUUUUUAUUCUCAUUUAUAUAUAUCAUGAUCAAUUACAACAGCUGGAUGAAUAUUUUCAAUAUUAAUCUGUUUUUUCACUCUAUUGCAGAAAUGAUCAGUACAGAGUCUCUCUGAAUUCUGCUCACAUUUAGGAUUUCAUGUUUAUAUCUGAUCAAGUAAUAAAGGGAAAAACAGAAAACACUCAAGACAAUUGUGUCUACACUGUAAAAAAUGAAUGUGAUUUUAACAGUGAAAUAUUGUAAAAAUGCUAUGGAAAAAAAUUGUAAAUAGGUUAACAGUAAGUUCCAGUACUAUAUACAGGGAAAAACUGUAAAAGCUCUUACCAGACAUUUUAUGUAAUUUUCACAGUAAAAUGCUGUAAAUUUUACAAUUUUUAGAAGUAAAAAAGAACAAAUCAAUGUUUAAUUUACAGUCAAAAACUGUAAACUGAUAUUCCCACAAAUCACUCCACAUUUGAAAGUAUUUUGUUUAAAAAAUCAUGUUUCUUAAUAGUUUUUGUUAUCAGUUAUGUACAUUAGGGUUUUAUGUUACAUCUUCUGUUGUUUAAUGAAUGUUUAUUGCAUUAUGUAAGUGUUGUGGGUUACCAUGAUGGUGUUUUGCGUUUGCGUGAAUGACUCUUUGCACCUUCUUUGCAUUAGUAUAUACUUCAGCUCCUGGAAAAGCUAUUUGUGAUGAACUCUGAUUCUUCAUGUGGCUUUCUCUUUUACCGCCUGCAUUAUUAUGGUGGUUGUCAGUGUAUGUUAAAGGUACAAAACAGAUUUUAGUAGUAGUGUGCAUUGUUGAACUUACUUGUUUACAUUCAAAUUUUCUUGUUUGUAAAUUACAGUUUUAUACUGUAAAAUUGACAGUUCGUUCUGUAAAUGUGUUUACAGUUUUUCUGUAUUUUUUACAAAAUUAUUCUGCCAACCACAGCUGCCAAAAUUAUUUUGUAAAAACUACGGAAUAUUUUUUACAGUGUAUGGUUUUCCCAUGUUUCUAGUUUUUAGGCAGAAGACUGAAAGAUACAUUAGGCAUGACAUGUUUUUCUCACUGCAGAAUUUUUUCCUAUAAAGCUGCUCUGAAAAAAUGCACAUUGUAUAUAUGUUUAUGGGUCAAAGACAUUUAGAUGUCCGCAUCAACAGAAAUUUACAAAAGUGAUGUUAUAUACAUAGAAAGCACAUUAUAUGCAAGUAAAACGUCUACUUUUGAGGUCUCAAAUAAGUUUUGGGGGAAUAAAAUGUGACCAUGGGCCACAAAACCAGUCAUAAGGGUCAAUUUUUAUACAUCACAGAUUUAUGCAUCAUCUGAAAGCUGAAUAAAUAAUCUUUCCAUAGGACAGGACAAUAUUUGGCCGAGAUACAACUAUGUGAAAAUCUAGAAUCUGAGGGUGCAAAAAAAUCAAAAUAUUGAGAAAAUCACCUUUAAAGUUGUCCAAAUGAAGUCCUUAGCAAUGCAUAUCCACUCACAAAAAUACAUUUUUGAUAUAUUUAGGAUAAUUAACAAAAUAUCUUAAUGGAACAUGAUCUUUACUUAAUAUCCUAAUGAUUUUUGCAUAAAAGAAAAUUUGUUAAUUUUGACCCAUACAAUGUAUUGUUGGCUAUUGCAAGACAUAUACCUGUGUGACUUAUGACUGGUUUUGUGCUCCAGGAUCACAAAUGUCAAAAUGUGGGUGAAAUAAUUUUCCAUUAUCAUUCAGUGUAACACUUAUAUUUAUGUAAAAUAAAAAAAAACAUACUUAUUGUGACCUGUGCAUAUUAAAAUAUAUAAAAGAAUAAUUGAGCAUACUAAAUUGUAUUGCAUUUUAAAAAAUCUUGCUGACAAAUGGGCAAAACAUAGGAUAUUUUUGUUGUAAAUAUGCCUGACAAGAUUGUUACACUGAAUGAUAUUUUAGUGGGAGUCUUCUGUAAAUCAUGGUAAUUUAUUGGGUUUAUUUGUUUUUUAUUUGUGUUGUUUGAUCAAAUGUAAUUGCUUUUAUUUUAUUUUUUUCUCUUUUGUUCUGUAAAAUUGAACUUCCUAAUUUACAUAAAUAUUGUUUAAAAGACAAGUUAUCAGACUUACCUUCUGAGUACAUUUGAGUCUUGAAACCUGUAAGAAAAUAUCAGAAAGAAUUAACUUGGUGUUUAAGGAAAACAUUUCUUCUGUUUUUUAUUUGUUUGAGAAAUACAUACAUAUUGUACCUUACUUUUCAUUCUGUUAUGCGUUCUAUUUAUUGAGAUAUAAUAUCUUCAAACAAGACAAUACAUUCAGUUAAACCUUA